GAAAAUAUCGAUAUAUCGAAAAAACACGAUUCUGCACGUGUUUUAGUCACAACAAAAGAAAAAAUGCGUAAAAAGCAGGCAGAUGAAAUACCCGGGUUUCCCUCGCUGGACAACGAGGGUGGCGCCGGUGGCCGUGGCGACGACAUUCUCAAGUCGAAGCCCAAAUCCAAGAAGAGCGGUGGCUUCCAGUCGAUGGGUCUCGGCUUUGAGCUUAUCAAGGGAAUAACCAAGCGGGGAUACAAGGUGCCGACUCCCAUCCAGCGGAAGACGAUUCCCUUGAUUCUGGAGGGUCGCGAUGUGGUGGCUAUGGCCAAGACGGGAUCCGGCAAGACGGCCUGCUUCCUCAUUCCCCUCUUCGAAAAGUUGCAGCGGCGAGAGCCCACAAAGGGUGCCCGUGCCCUGAUAUUGUCCCCCACGCGCGAGCUGGCGGUGCAAACGUACAAGUUCAUCAAGGAGCUGGGCCGCUUUAUGGAGCUUAAAACUAUUUUGGUGCUAGGAGGCGACUCAAUGGACUCGCAGUUCUCGGCCAUACACACGUGCCCCGACGUUAUUGUAGCCACGCCAGGUCGUUUUCUGCAUUUGUGUGUGGAAAUGGACUUAAAGCUUAAUUCCAUAGAAUAUGUGGUGUUUGAUGAAGCCGAUCGACUCUUUGAGAUGGGCUUCGGCGAGCAGCUUAACGAAACGCUGCACAGAUUGCCGUCCUCCCGUCAGAUGGUCAUGUUUUCGGCCACGCUGCCAAAACUUUUGGUGGACUUCGCCCGCGCCGGGCUGAACGACCCAGUCCUUAUUCGCUUGGACGUCGAGUCCAAGCUCCCAGACGCACUUGGUCUGAAGUUUCUUUAUUGCCGACCGGACGACCGCUACACAGCUCUUGUGGUUCUUCUUAAAUACGUGAUUCCGGUGGAGUCGCAAACUGUGGUGUUUGCUGGUACACAGCAUCAUGUGGAACUGAUUUCGUACAUCCUUACAGAGGCUGGCAUCUCUAAUGCCUCUGUCUACUCUAGCCUGGACCCGGCUGCUCGAAAAAUAAACACCGCUAAAUUUGUGAACAAGAAGGUUUCCGUGUUAAUCGUCACAGACGUAGCGGCGCGCGGAAUCGAUAUUCCCAGUCUUGACUUUGUUGUGAACCUGCAUUUUCCGGGUAAACCAAAGCUGUUUGUGCACCGUGUGGGUCGUUGCGCAAGAGCUGGUCGUACAGGGACCGCAUACUCUAUAUUUUCUACAGACGACACAGCCCAUCUACUAGAUCUGCACUUGUUCUUAAACAGGCCAUUUAACAUAAACGACAGUUCGGCAUUGGGAACCAUUCCGCAAGAUUUACUCGAGGAAGAGCAUCUCACAGUGACCGAUAUAAAGAGGAGCCACCACAUUGCUGGCGUAUUGCGCACCAGCGAAAACGCCUACAAAAAAUACUUGAGUACCCGACCAGUAGCAUCCACUGAUGCCAAUGCACGAGUAAAGAAAAUAAAGUUCUUUGCGCUAAAACCGCUGGAGGAUUUCUAUACAGCUGCCCCUGUUCUCGAACAAGCUGCUAAGGUUAACGGACAAUCAACAGAAUCGCAGGCGAAGGUGGCUGCAGACGAGCGCAAGUUGCAUGAGGAGAAGCACGAUAUUCUGGUCAAAAUGCGCAGUUUCCGACCAGGUGGGACCGUUUUUGAACUUAACACCACGCAAAAGUCUACUCAAUUCGUUGUAAUGAAGGAAAAGCGUAAUCAGCAUGCGGAAGUGAUUCAAAAGUUCAGGCAGCAGCGCGCAGACGAGGACAUCGACGAAGCGAAGAAAAACGCCGAAGAGAAAAGUCCAAGUUUGGCCAGAAUGCCAACUGCCGACGAGGAAGCCAUUAGCAAUACAUUUGAUAGGGUCGUUGUUCCCAAGAGGCUCCAAAAUAUGGACGCUCUUUAUAAGGAUAAGCCAAAGAAAAAGAAGCGUAAAACAAAUAGCAAAGACGAGGAGCACUAUGUGCCUUAUCAGUCAGCGGAUAAGCACACAGAGGAUGGCCUGGCCAUCAACACCUUUGAGCGACAGGCCCAGAAUGCCGAGUUUUCUGUGUCGGACCGCAAUUCAUCCCAGGAUAUAAAACACAAGCCAGGGCUUAAGAAGUGGGACCGUAUCAAGAAAAAAAUGGUCUCAGUACAAGAUCCUCGAGCCAACAAAAUUCGUACCGAGUCCGGUGCGUGGAUUCCUGCCUCCUUCAAAACAGGUCGUUAUACUGAGUGGAAGGAAAAGUCCAAGAUUGAGGACCAGCUGCAGCGUGAAAAUGCAGGCAGUGACGACGACAACGCCAAGCCCCUAAGCCAUGCCCAGCGCUAUCCAGUUAGUCGUCAUGCCCGGCACAACGUAAAGUUGGAACUUAAGAAACGUCUGACAGGAAACGACAAGGAGAUGCGGCGCCCCGAGCAGAUUGUCAAGUCACGCAUGCGAUUGGAGUUCAUUAAAAAGCGGAACGAAGAGAACACGGAGCGAAAAUCCCAGAACCGCAAGCGUAGCAUGCGGAAAACUCAGCGUCCAAAAACUCAAUCAACUGGUGGGCCUAGGAAAAGGAAGUAAGGCAUUGAGGCGAUUUGGUUAAGGAUUGUUUGGAAAUAGUUAAGUCAUUUGAGUCGUCUUGCUGAGAUCUUCCUCUAUUUAACUUUCGAGAAUAAAACUGUUACAUACCCAAGCCGAAA